AAUGAAAACUAUCGUUACAUUCUGUAUUAGUCCUAAACAUAUCCGAACUUGUUUACUAUCCAAAAUAAUUUUAUUUUGCUAUUGAUUAUUUUGACAACUGAAAUAUCAAGACAGAAAACCGCACAACAACCGUAGAAAACUACAUCGAUUAAUCACUCAGCAACUCAAAAUGAAUCCAGGCGGAAUAGAAAGAGCCCUGGAGGGGCAUUUGCUUCAGGCCACUAAAGUUGUGGAACAACAGCUUGAUGCUGAGAUAGAGCGCUUAGAUAAGAUGGACGAAGAUGAUUUUGAAGUUCUUCGGCAAAGAAGAAUGGACGCCCUUAAAAAAGCACAACAACAGAAACAGGAAUGGGCAACAAACGGACAUGGACAGUACACAGAAGUUUAUGAUGAGAAAGAAUUCUUUGACACUUGCAAAAAAAGCAAGAAGGUAGUCUGUCAUUUUUUUCGGGAUAGUACCUUCAGAUGUAAAAUAGUUGACAAACAUCUCGAAAUCCUGGCUCCGAAGCAUAUAGAAACUAAGUUCAUCAAAAUCAAUGCAGAGAAAUGCAAGUUUUUAGUGGACAGGUUGAGAAUUGUGGUGUUGCCCACCAUAUGUAUCGCCAUGGAAGGCAAAACCCAGGAUUACAUCGUAGGGUUUGAUGAGCUAGGUGGGGCAGACGAGUUCCCAACAGAAAUGCUUGAAUGGAGGCUUGGUCGUGCGCAAGCGAUCAACUACCAGGGAGAUCUGCUUAAUCCACCAAAGUUUGGGAAACAGAAAGACACAAGUGUGUUUGGUUUUGUUAAGACGAAGAAAACCAUAAAAGAUGGAGGGGCUGAUGACAGUUCAGAUGAGGAUGAUUGGUGAUUCUCCAAACUGAAUGUUGACACAUUGGAUAAAAUAUGAUUUAGAACGUUUAGAACUUGUUUUUAAUGUGUUCAAAUAUCAUUAAAGAUAUUAUGAAAAAUAUUAUUAACAACAUUUUGGUAAUUUUUCAAUGUGUUCAAAUAUCAUUAAAGAUAUAAUAAAAAAUAUGAUGAACAA